UAUGACGUGUCGAAACCUGUUUUUAUACAGUCUAUUGUCAGAAAAUCCUCGAGUUUAAAUAAUAUUCAGCUUUAAGCAGCAGAUUUAAGUAUGUUUGUGUACAAUAGUUAAAUAUAAUGUAAACGUACGGCGGUAUUAAUAUCUUUCCAAGACUGUCACCUCUCUAGAACCGAAGGAGAAAGCAAAUAUACUUAGGAAUGUUGCGAUGUCAACCGACCAGGAAGCACAAGAAGAUGAGCUGCUUGCUCUAGCGAGCAUCUAUGAUGAAAAAGAGUUCUGCAGGGCCGAGUCAGCGAAGGAGGGCGAGAUCCAUCUGUGUCUGGAGCUUCCUCCGAACUUCAGACUGCUAGUCAAGGGACAUAACUCCACAGAGUAUCAUCUAUCAUUUCUAGGUCCACUGGUUCUGAGUUUUAGAUUCCCGGCUAAUUAUCCUUCAGCUUCUGCGCCGGUUUUUGCUCUAAGCUCCAACUGGCUCACAAGAGUCCAGAUCACUGCGCUUUGCAGGAGACUGGAUGAGCUUUGGGAGGAGAACCAAGGCAACGUGAUUCUUUUUACCUGGAUGCAGUUCCUCAAGGAAGAGACUCUGGACUUCCUGGGAAUCCAGUCACCGCUGGAAAUCCAGAGCAUUGAGAGUGAAUCUGGCCUAAAAAAAGCAGCGGACGUUUCUAGAGAAAAAUGUAAAGUGCAAGAUUUAGACCCAAGAGCUGUGCAAGAAGUCGACGCUCGCACAGAUAUACUGAGUCAGCUGCUGGAUUUUGACGAAGCUCAGAAUCAGAAGGUGUUUGAUGGGAAGGUGUUCUGCUGUGGCAUCUGUUACUCAGAGAAGCUCGGAUCGGAAUCACUGCUCUUCAAAGAGUGUCAGCAUGUGUACUGCAAGCCCUGCAUGAAGGAAUACUUUCAGAUCCAGAUAAGAGACGGAAAAGUCCAGUGCCUUACCUGCCCUGAGCCAAAGUGUGUGUCCAUGGCCACUCCUUCACAGGUGAAACUUCUUGUGGGCAAAGACGAGUUUGCACGCUAUGAUCGUCUCCUGUUGCAGUCGAGUCUGGACCUGAUGAAGGAUGUGGUGUAUUGUCCUCGUAUGAGCUGCUGUAUGGCGGUGAUGGUGGAGCCAGACUCAAACAUGGGCAUCUGUCCCGCCUGCAAAUAUCCCUUUUGUACGCUCUGUAAGCGGAGCUAUCACGGCCUCAAUCACUGCAUACCGACUAAUGAUGAUUUACGUGGUAUGCAUGAUGAGUAUAAUUCUGCGAGCGAAGAGUGGAGGAAGAUCGAAGAGAAGCAGGGCAUUCAGAGGGUGUUCGACUCUCUCAGCGAAGACUGGGUAAAGGUUAACUGUAAACAGUGCCCUUGCUGUGGCACUAACAUAGAGAAGAAUAAGGGCUGUAAUAAGAUGACCUGUUCGAAGUGUCAUGGUUAUUUCUGCUGGAUCUGUCUGACAGCUCUCUGCAGGAAAGACCCUUACAGCCACUACAAGGACCCCGACUCGCCCUGCUACAACCAGUGAGAACCGUCUCCAC